AUGGAUGAGAAUGUGAUUUAUCUCCCUGCAUAUGUCGAUGUGUGUCAGCCCGGAGAUGAUUCGGAGCUUAGUAAUAUGCCGGAUUUGUUGAGAGAUUCAUCAACGGUGAAGCUUUUAAUUGCUGUAAAUAGAAGCGGAUCCGCCCUUGGUCUGCCUCGCUCCCUGCAGACUACAGACGAGGAUUAG